GUCAAUAAGCAAUGAAUUUAACCUGACAAUUAUAGUCACCGAAAACUUCAUCGAAAUGGGAUAUCAAGAGUUUGGCUGGGCUUGCAACAUGGUGGAUAAAAUUCCAAGUCGUCGAAGUUCCGGGAACUCUCGGCGGACAUCUUCCUCUAGCAACAGACUAGACGACAGAGAGUAUCAACUGGUGAUAGAGGAGAGAUACGCUGACUGUGACUUUGAACUACGACCACCGAGCGGUACAAACCACCAGUAUUUAUACAGGGCAGAUGCAGAGGGGAGGGGGUGUAGCUACAAACCAUAUUUUGACAAAUUUCUGCAACCUGGAUCACACUUGAGUGUUGAUACAAGGCUAUCAGAGCUAAAUCUAGGUUCGGAGGAGUUCACCCUUGUCACUGAUAGUGCAAGCUACCUUAGUAGUGCAACAGCGUCCCGGCCGACCAGUCAAUCACAUGGAAACAGGCAUCCAAGAGUACCCAUUGAUAAGGACAACUGUUACAUCUUAUCUCCUUUUAAACAAGGGCCUUAUAAGACACGAAAAAAGCCUACAGGGGUUGUUGAUCCCGGACAUGAAAUAAAGGAGGCAACAAGAGUGAAAGUUGAACAGAUCAGAGAACAACUGAAACAGCCCGAGCCAGUAAAACGUCAUGUACCAUCCUACCCAAGACUUCUUAAAGCUAGAUUGAAAACCACUGGCCGCCCAAUCAGCGGAUCAGGCCCCUCUAUCCGACAAUGCAAGGGCAUCCUAGCAGGUCCACGGGUGGUACAGAAAAGCAAAAGGCCAUCCGUGUAUUUCCAAGAAAGCUUCUCUCGUAUUGGCUCUUCGUCACAGAGGCCUGAGAGUUCCACCGAACUGCUUCGGGCCGAGAGCUCCGCGCACUGUACCUCGCGUGCUUCCUCGGAGACAUACACUGAAGACGGCCAGUCAUUGGCUGAGAGCGAGAACCAUGGGUUGAUUGACAGAUGGGUGCAGGACGCUUAUUGCGGUGAUAAGGCUGUGGAUUAUGAUAAUGAGUUUGUUGUUCCUAUGAAUUCCAAGAUGAAUAUUUUGGACAACAGGAAUGUCUUGGAAAUUUCAAAGACCACCUCGAAUUCUGCAAACAAAUCUUUUGAGGAUUCCGUGAAAACAGAGAAAGAUUCAAUAGGAACGAAGCACGGUGGAAAUUCGAAAAACUCUGAAGAGAGUUGCAAACCGUUUGAUCCACGUAGACAUUGUAACGGUGAUGAUAAUGACAGUGAUGAUGAUGAUGAUCACCGUCUUCAUCAUGUAGGUGAAUAUAGUUGUUCUAAAAAGAAAUCCUUUAAUUCUUUUAAAUUUAAAACUGUCGACGGAUGUGGAAAAGCGGGCACGGAGGGUGGGAACCCUAACGAUGAUGUGGAACGGACAUCUAGCCAGGGCUUGUGUCUCUCAGGCGAGGCAGCAAGCUUAAGGGAAAAGCCUGUGGAUUGUAAGGACUGUAGGGAGAGGACUACCGAUAAGGCUAUGGUGCCAUCAGAUGGUCAUUUCUCUCGGUUGGACUACUGUAAUGGGGGAGAUGGGGUUCUCAUGAGUGUGCACGUAAGACGAAAAGAGAUGGCUCCUUCAAAUGAUGAAGAGAAGGAUCAUGAAUGCCAGCAGGACGGCUUUUCCACAGGGAGUUUGGGAGGGGAUGGCCCUGAGAAGUGUGGCGUAAAUGGUGGAGAACCCUGCGAUGAUAGCGACCUUGAAUCGGUUGAUUCCGACAGGAUUCCAGUAGAGGAAAUAUUAGCAAAUCUUGAUAAAUUGAACCUUAGUAUGUCUGCUUUUGAUAUCGUUGGAUCAAAGCACGAAACAUUCUCAAGCAAAAUACGCCGUGUACAAUCAGCCGGGACAAAGCGGAGCAAGGAAAACCCCACGGGCGCUAGGAAAGAACCCAAACCGCGGCCUGCCUCGUCCAAAGACACAAUGAAUACACAAAAGCGGCCUUCUUCCUACAAGGGCGAUAGGAAUAAAUCAAAGCGGCCAUCUUCUUCCACAAAAACAGAGACCUCCUCACGUCCCGUCUCUAGUAAAAUAUCGGAGCCUUUAGAUAAGACUUUGAUCAUGCGGAACUAUUUAUCUCAAGAGGAUGAGCGAUUCGCGGAGAGCUUAAGGGCAAACCUACCGGGUUAUUUUACUGAACAAUAUCUUCUUCUACAGCGAGGCAACAGUGAAACAAAUAGUGAAUCUGACGAACUUACCUUAGCUAAUAUUACGGCUGGUGAGAAUUCGCAAAAAGAUGAUAAAGAAAUUACACCAACAAAGGCUAAAGGACAAUUCGACCUUCAAGAAAAAUUCCCUGUUAUUGAUCGAAGACUCAAUUCCCCUGAUUUGAAACACCCCAGCGUUUCAGAAACCACCUCUUGUCCAUCGAUUGAUGACCCAGAUGGCCCACUUCCCGGACAUACUCGGCCGUUUUCUAGCAUGGAGCCCUUAAGUGAUCCCUCGGCAGGCGUGUUCUUUACUUGUCAGGUAAAGGACUCGGCAUUUGGUGAAGGGACCGUGACGGAUACCAUGGAUACCGUUUCGGACGUGUCUAGUUACCAUGACGAUGGUUUCCAUGACGAGGCAGAUGCUGGUUUCGAGGAGGGAGUGUCGAGUGAGAAUCACUACAGUGAGCACCGGGGUGAUGCUGAUGUGGAGUUAGAGGUUAUCGCCAAGGCCAAGCAGCUCAUCGAGGCAAGGCCCAGGCCUCUACACGUACCAGCUCCGUUAUGCUUCAACAUCAACGCAGCCCCUCCCGAAGGCUUCCUGUACUACUUCGCAUACGGGGUCGACAUGAACAUUAACAGGAUGUCCAUUUACUUGCGGAGAGAGCACAAGCGCCUGUGGGGGGUGCUGUUUGGGUUUAGACUGCGCUUCAACAAGAAAGGGGCUUCGAAGGAAGCUGGUGGUUUUCCUAAUAUCGAGUAUUGUCCGGGCUACUCUGUAGAAGGAUGCCUGUACACGAUAACCCAGGCAGAGAUCGCCAUGCUCGACAACUGCAUGGGUUUUCCCAAGUUCUACACAAGAAUUGUGGUGCCCGUGUGGAUGGCAAACAGCUACCAGCCCAGCGAGCUCGGUGUCGCCCAGUACUGUGUGCCAGCUGUGGCUUACGUAGCUGAGCAAGACUGGGUCGAAACAGAUGCCCCCGAGCAGCUCGACUGUACCUAUAGCCUUGGGCAGUGCCUGAAAGCCUCCGACCUCCUUACUCCAAACUACAUGCAGUAUUUGCAACACCUUGGGGACGCGAGAUAAAGAACAAUGUUUCAGACUACAGGGAUAACAUCUUACAGGGGUGGGGCACAAAUAUGUAAUACAUUUGGCGGGCGGUAAAUCUGGGUCCGGGCAUCCGGCGUUAAUUUUACGCCAUUAAAUCGAGAUUUGGUAACAUUUUUGCAAUUAUCUCACGGUAGAAGAUGGGAUUGCGUCCGUGACAUUUUUUUUUCAUGUGUGAAAAGGGAUUAGUAUGUGUGAUGGGUGCCCUGUGUGUGCGUUGGUGGUUUCCCGGUACGAGCGCGCGUAUGCGCAUAAGUGUAUCUGUGUGUGUGUAUUUGAAGGGGAUAAGUUUCCAGAAAGGAAAAAGUUGUAAAGUUGUAAGAGUGAUAUUUUAGUGUGUGAAAUGCGAGUUGUCUUGCGCAAUAUGAAACAUGUACAGUAAUUUAUUUUAGACAUAAUUUAUUGGAACCACCACAAUAAAAUCAACUAUCUUUA